GCAGUUAGGGCCCCAUGAAGGGUUGAGUGAGGGGUCGACACAUGAAGCCAGACCAGUUUCUAGGCGCUAUGCUGAAAACUACCCACAGUGCUUUUUUCAAGAGGAACCCCCACCACCAUACACACUUGAUACAACAAACUCUGCCAGCACGACACACCUGCACAUGUCACCUGUGAGACAUUCCUACCCCCGGGGCAGGACAGAUGUGUGUGGUGAACCCAGAGAAACCGGGAGCUCACACGAACCUCCUGCCUCUAGCCAUCAGGGACCCGCUGUCGUCUGCUCAGUUCAAAGGUCAACAGGUGACAACUUUAGCACUCUCUGCUGUCAGAGUGGUCAGCAUCAAAACGGGGCAUUGAGUUUCCAGAGAGCUGACCAGCACACAACACCUCCUGACCAGCACACAACACCUCCUGCCUUACAUCCCAGUGCUCCUCAAACCUUCCCCGCCCCUCCACCUAACGUGCCUACAAAUGAUCACAUUGAGACACUGUACGUAAUUAGAAGUUCCCAGCUGAGGGCGCCACACUUCAAACCUAACGUCCCCGCCGUAUCUGGCGGCCAUGUUGAGGCACAGCCCGCAGGCACGUCCACCCCAAUCAACCAAUCGCCAGCGGUCCUGAGAAGGUUUGUUCCAGAAAACCAGCCGUCCCCACUGCCAAUACCCCGCCGACAUCACCACAGAUCUCAGCCAUACAUUUUUUACACAGGUUCUCAAAGCAUCAACAACCAACCCAACCAUGGGUGUGCUCCCAUUGCCAGGUUGGACUGUGAUUAUUUUUGAUGGCCUGUGUUAGAUAACAUUUGGUGGCAGCUACAGUCUACUCCCUUGUUGGUAUGGAAGUCUCAAAUUUGUGUCCAGUCCAGG